AUGCAGAAGACAAAGGAAGUAUGGCUGGAGUAUAAAGGAGAAGAAAAACAGAAGGUUGACAUGAUUGUGAUACUGGGAGGUCUUGCUGGGCGUUUUGACCAGAUUAUGGCAUCUGUGAAUACCCUGUUUCAAGCGCGACACAUCACUCCUUUGCCAAUUAUAAUGAUCCAAGAGGAAUCUCUCAUCUAUCUGCUCCAACCAGGAAAGCACAAAUUGUACGUAGACACUGGCAUGGAAGGUGAUUGGUGUGGCCUUAUUCCUGUUGGACAGCCUUGCAAUCAGGUUACGACAACAGGCCUGAAGUGGAACCUCACAAAUGAUGUGCUUGGUUUUGGAACACUAGUCAGCACUUCCAACACCUACGAUGGGUCUGGUGUUGUGACAGUGGAAACUGAUCGUCCGCUCCUCUGGACCAUGGCCAUCAAACAGUGACCCACUGACAGGCGUCCACAGGUAGUUCUGUAUGCUAUUGGUGAAGAGAAGAAUGAUGGAAAAGAUAAAUGGUUGCUCAUGAAGCCCUACUGAUACGACUUCCAAACUCAAAAGUAAGCACCUGAGCUUCAGUUGGGUGACAUUCCUCAUCAUUACAACCUUGAUGGAAAAAGUUGUGCAGAGGAAACUUAAACAUAAAAAUUUAAUUGUUGUGGACAUAACUCAGACUGAAAAAAAUAUUGUUUCCUAGACCACAAGUUUAUUUACAUUAUCAGAAAAUGAGUCUGUCUGUGGGGAUAAAUGAACAUCGUAUACUAUGAAGCCUACGUCUGAAGACUGUGUUCUCGUCCUGGUCUGCCAUCUGCCUGAGUUCCCUGGAUCCCUUUUCUUAGCUGUCAGAUGGAAGGAGUUGGACUGAUUGUAUCCGAGGUUCCUUCCACACUCAAAUUCUAACACUGACACUUAGUGGUUGUAAGGCAGAUAUACACACAGUUACUGACAGCCAGGUUAAACAACCUGAAGUGCUCAAAUGUAUUCAUGUUUCUUUUGUAACAUGUUUCUCUUCUAUCAUCCUCCUACUCUUGUAUAUCUCAUUUAUUAAGUCAAAUAUUGCCAUACAAACCGUGAUUUAAAGGAACCUGCCCAACUUGUUUUAUGUAUACAGCACCCUGUGCUGCUGUAGGAAAGUGAACAGCGACUGUUCUUCUUGGUGCUACAACAGUGUGGGGCUCAGACUGUAAGUAGAGCAUGAAAAGGGGACCAGCUGAACUAACAUGCAAUUAUGAACAGUUAAUCAUUAGGAAUAAUUAUUUUAUGCAAAUAUAUGUAAAAUUGCAAUCUGGGUAUCAAAUAAAAAUAUUUAGUUAUCAACGUG